AUCGAACGUCGUUUCAUUGCGCCUUCCCCAACACUACCUCACCUGUUCGUUUACUUAGGUACUUACUUAGGUACAGAUUUAAACGAUGGAUCAGUCAAUACAGAGAACCUCUUCGCAAGGACAUGCGAGAACCAGAUCAGGGGCCAGACCUUCUCGCCCCAGGACCUCAACUAAAGGACCACUAGAUGUAGAUGACGCUCCUCGUGUAGCAUCUCCGGUGCUAUCACAAGCCAACCGAUUUAGUACCGGCCAGUUCAGUACCAGUCAGCAGGCCAGUUCGCGGACAAGCUCGCCUCGGAUUGGUUCACCCCGGAUUGGCACGCCCCGGAUGGGUACACCCCUGGCACGAUCUCCCGCGCCUAGGUCUCCCGCUCCGUUUGCGGGGCCGUUGGCAUCCAGGGACUUCUCCUUUCUCUUGAGGCCCGAGAUCUUUCACCAGCUCUCUCCCCUCUCAGUACCGGCCCCCUUUCGCAACCCAUCUAAGCAGCCCGCCCAAGAAACCCCCAUAUCAGAACUCUUGAACAAAGGCCACUUUCGCGCCGCCGCCAUCGCUGCUGUGCAGGCCCUAACUAGUAGCCCGGUUUCUGCCACUGCUGCUGCUGCACAUCCGCCCGUGGACCCCAAUGACCAUGCGCGUAUCUUCGAAUUACUGUACGUGCGACUCGCAUGCCUAUGUCUUAUUGAUGCCACCCCACUCGCUGCGCAGGAGGUCAAGGCUCUGGAGGACCUUAACUCGAACUUCUACCUAGACCCUGUUACCGGCGCGCAUCUGGUACCCUGGGAGCUGCGCGUCCUUGGCGUCCGACUCCAGGCGAUUGGUUUCGGCGAUCCGCGUCGCGCCGUCAUGAGCUAUUAUGAGCUAGCACGGGAGGCUCGCGCGCAUAUCACGAAGGCUACAGCGGCGCAUGAUCACUCUGCCGCCGAGAGUUGGAAGCGAAGGUUAGCGGAGAUGGGUGUCAAGGUGGCCGGCGUGCUUAUUGAAAUGGAUGAUUUGGCUGGCGCUGCUGAGCACCUGGCUACGUUAGAGGAUGGAGAUCAGCCAUAUCAAAUCGGCGGUGAUUGGACGCUACCGAUGAGUCGCGCUUUGCUAUGGUUGCAUCUAGGCGACGUCGAGGCAGCUCGACGGUCUGUGAGAGACGGAAAGGGCGGGGAAACAGGCGAGCAGAUUGUUGAUGCAUUAGCGGAUAUGGCCGAUGGUGAGUAUGGAUCUGCGCUGGAGAAGUGGAAGGCAUUGAAAGCCGGUAUGGACGAGAAAGGCGUACAUGACGAGAUGGUGGGGGUAAACUUGGCCGUGUGCCUCCUAUACACGGGGAAUAUGACUGAGGCGAGGGAAUCGCUGGAAGGUCUUGUCGAUGCUGGUCAAUCGUCACAUACGCUUCUAUUCAACCUCACAACUAUGUACGAGCUUUGCACCGACAGACACAAGAAUCUCAAGGCUCAACUGGCGGAGCGGGUUUCUUCCAAGCCGCCAACGGCGCAGGGGUGGGAGAAGACGAAUGCGGAUUUUAAGUUGUAACAGUAACAAUGCAUGGCGCAUUUUGUGUGAUGCUGACAGGUUUUGGUUUGGUGCAACUCGUUGCGUGAAUCGGGAUUGGUUUUAUUUUUAGAACCGCCUACUACAUAGGUAGGUCCCUACCUGGGUAUGUAGGCAUGUUUACAUCUUUCGGGCUGGUUAUAUUACUAGCGGUUCCUUCUUUUAUCCUUCUGAUAUCAUGUACUUCUAUUAUCGCUAGGUUAGAAUGCUGCGUGCCUUGAAUAUUUAGAUAUCGAUUCCCCUA